UCUAAAUUGAAUUCAUAGUUUCAUUGUGUCCUGGUAAAAAAAUGCAGAGUUGAGAAUAAUCAAAAAUAGAUAAACAUUUUUAGUAUACUUAGAAAUGAAUUGUUCUAGACAGUUGAAAUGAAGAGAAAGUCACUUAGUCAUGUCCAGCUCUUUUUCACCCCAUGGACUAUAUAGUCCAUGGAAUUCUCCAGGCCAGAAUACUGGAGUGGGUAGCCGUUCCCUUCUCCAGGGGAUCUUCCAAACCAGGGAUUGAACCCAGGUCUCCUGCAUUGCAGGUGGAUUCUUUACUGGCUGAGCCAUCAGGGAAACCCUCUAGACAGUUGAGUCCUAAAUAAAUGAGGAUUUACCCCAGAGGUAGCCAGUGUCUUACUACAUUUCCACAUAAAUGUCUUCCUUGACUCACAUGUAGUAAACCAAACUUUAAAUACUGAAAUUUUAAAAGCCAGAUUUCAGAAUUCUUGUGAAAUACCAGGUAUGGCAGCACUGGGCCUUUCUUGGGGCAAGGCCAGAAGAGGCUUGAAUGGAAUUGGGCUACUCCCCUCUGGUGCCUUAUGGUCCCCAUUACUCCCCGCUCUCUCAGACAUAGCAACUGUCGAUUAUCAGUUUCUGUGUUUCUUAUGUGUAUACUUUCCUCAUUUGCUUACCUGCCUGGCCUAGGAGACGUUGGAGUUUGCAAACCCUAAUUUAUAAUUAUACUGCUUUUUUCCCCUCCAGUAGCUUAACUUCUUUCCUUCUAAAAUCAAUUACAUAUCUCUUUGCUUUCUUAGAAUCUUUUGAAUAUAAUUGAAUUCAUUUGUUUGGGAAUCUUCAUUGGCUGUAGUAAAAUGAGAUAGGGCAUGUUCAACUGGAUAAUACUGUUUGUCCCUUUACUAAGUGGCUCAAACUGUUGUAUUUUAAAUUUUUAGUUUUAGUUGUGUUUUUUUUUUUAAUAGUUUUCCCAUCUCUUAACAGUUGUCAGCUGAAAGUUAAGGGCUCACAGCAGUAGUGUCUCUGUAAAAUCCCUUUCUGCCCAUUAAUAUCAGUUUAGAAAUUACACACAUGUUAGAAUUCUUUUACAACUUUUAUUUCCUUUUGUAACCUUUGAUAUGUGUAUAAAAUUGGUUCUUUCAAGCAGUGGGCUCUGAAUAAGGUUAUGAGGGACUGUGCUAAGUCUACAGUCAUUGAGUUUAAAUAAAUGGUCUUGACACUAUUGACUUUUUCUGCCAAAUGACUAUCUGGCUCAUUUUUGAGCUCACAGCAGGGUUAUCAAUAGUUGAAGUUUUCUGUUAGGUUGAAUUCUGAGCAUGUGAAAUGUUAGUCAUGAGUAGUUAAAAAAAAAAAUCAUGCUUGUUUCUCUGCUACUAGCUGAUCAACUCUUUAAUAAACUUGUCUUAUUCACUUGCACAACCUCAGGACAGAGCUCAGGCAUUGAAUGAAUGUUGGGGAACCUGUUGUCUCUGUCUAUAAUCAGCCCAUAAUUGCUGUGGGUAUGCAAACCAGAUACACAACUUGCUAGAAUUGAUUUAAAAUCAGAGUAACAAGCUUUUUGACUUCUUGUGUUGUCUUUAUGUCAUGUAAUGUGGUUAUACUGAGGUCUUUGCUCUCAUACAUAUUCUAGGAUACAUCAAGGAAAGUCAAGUGUUUACUGUUCACAAAAAAGGGCUAGAUACUUUAUUGAGAGAUGCACCUAACUAAUUUUCUUACUGGUGUCCUUACUGGUGGAUUUUUUGCACCUAAAAGAAAAAUUAGUAGAAUCUGUUCCAAGGUCAAAGGUUUUUUUUGAUUUUUUAAAAUUGCUUUCCCCUCAUUUUAUUCACAUCAGUACUUUAAUUUACAAAUUUCACUAGCUGGUUUCCAUUUAAUUCCUAGGCAUAAAACCAUUGUUAAAAAUUUGAGGCAUUACCACUAUUUUAUUUUUUUUUAAAGCAAAAUAGUUAUUUUUUUAAAAUUUAAUUGGUUUUAGCAUCUUCCUUUCCAUAGACACAGUGAUUGGUCAUUUUCAAUAUCAUAAUUCUCUGUCAUUUAUACCUAUUUUAUAUGGAACAUAUCCAAAGGAUUUGAGUUAGAUCAAAUAUCAUUUUAAUAUUCUGUGCAUAGUUGGAAUAUUUAAACUUUAAACAAUCUAGAACUCCAAACCAUUUUAGUUAAAUACUCUGGUUUGUGGUGCAAAUCUUUUGCUCUGUUUAUCACUUUCUCAUAAAUCAUGAAAGAAUCAUGCUUUUCAAAGUGGGAAAGUAAACUUAACAGGGCUUCUCUAUCCUUUUGUUUCAGUUAGUCAUUAAUAAUUUUAUUAGCUCCUUUCUAGCUAUAAAAUUUGUGGUAUUCUUGAAACAUACCUAUUAAACAGAAAGUAACAAACAUAAUAUCCUGUUAUAUAGAUUAAUCAAACUAAUUAGCGCAUACUACUCUUUGGAACUUGGACUAGGCAUUUUGGGGAAGUGCCUAGAAAUAGUAGAUAUAGUUCUCACCUUCAAGGAAUGUAAAUAUAGUGAAGUGAUGGAACUAACAUACAGGGAAGAAAAAAAGUAAAUGUAGUAUGAAAGAGCACAUGGUGGGGAAAAGAGCUUAUAAAGAGGAGGGUAAUCAAAGAAUGCUUCAUGAGGAAGGUGGGACUUGAAGUGAACUUUGAAAAAUAGAUGGAAUUGAGAUAGCAGAAAGGACAGCAAGCAUUUGAGGCAAAAGUGAAAGUGUUAGUCACUCAAUCAUGUCUGACUCUUUGCGACCCCAUGGACUGUAUGUAGCCCCCCAGGUUCCUCUGUCCAUAGGAUUUUCCAGGCAAGAAUACUGGAGUGGGUUGUCAUUCCCUUCUCCAGGGGAUCUUCCCAACCCAGGGAUCAAACCCGGGUCUCCUGCAUUACAGGCAAAUUCUUUACCAGUUGAGCCACCAAACUGUUAGCCUAUUUAAGGCAAGGAAAAUGUCAAAUGCAAUGGAAAGGAGACUAGGUUAUGUAACAUGUUGGCAGUUGGAGCUCCAGAAGGGAAGAUCAAGAAACAAGGCAAGAAAGAUCCUACUUUUCUCUUCUCCGCCAUCCUAUGUACGGUUGAGUUGUCUCCUCACCAUAUCUUCUCACAAGACUUUCAGGAUCAAGCAAUUCCUGGCCAAGAAACAAAAGCAGAAUCGUCCCGUUCCUCAAUGGAUUCGAAUGAAAACUGGCAAUAAAAUCAGGUACAGCUCCAAGAGAAGACAUUGGAGAAGAACCAAGCUGGGUCUAUAAGAAGCAAGCUGGGUCUAUAACGUGUGGCACACAUGUUAAGACCACUUUUUUAAGCAGCUGAACCACAGUGAGAACAUCACUACUGUAAUGCUUGGCUCCUGAUGUGUCUUAUUUCCUCACUAUCAGUCUGAGACUCAGUAAUAAAUAUGAAACGUUGGGGGAAAAAAAAGAAAGAUCCUUAAGAGCAUACCAUCAAAGUCUGUAGGAUCCAAGGAUCAGUAUCCAGAAAAGAAUGUAUUGGCAAGUUUUGAGCCAAAGAGUUAUGUGAUAGAGUUAAAAAUAUGAGCCAGUGAAUUUUUUACAAAAUGGGAU